UUUUCUAUAUAAAUGUAAAGUUCUAACAAAGUGUCGAUAAAAUGAAAUUAUUUCAUACAAACUUAAUUGUAUCACUGGUUUAUACUGCUUUUGCUGCCCCACAACAGCCAGAGAUAAACGACCAGUUUAAAAUAACAGACUUAAUAACUGAAGAACCAGUCAUAUCAUUGAACCAUCAAAUUUCUCAGAAUAUUAACCAAACAGAGGAUGUCAGUGAAAUAGAAAAACCGGCAGAAGAAACCAAAACUGAAGCAGUACAACAUCAAGCUAAUGUACCCGAAAUUUCAACACUACCUACCUUACCAGAAAUCAGUUUUACCGUCAGGAUAUAUAGGUUAAUAUCCGAACCAAUUAUAAAAGUCGUAAAUGCCCCAAAAGUGAGCGCAGUUUUAAGAAAUAUCGGUACAUGUGUUGUCAAUGGCGCUAUGGAACUAUUUUCCUAUUACCUGCCAGCCCCGUUUAUGCCUUUGAUAGCAUCAGCUGCUGGUCUAGUUAUACCGUUCGAACCAGUAGUCAUGUUAAAAGAAAAAAUGCCUGUCACCAGCUACAGAAGGGCUUUUCAAACAGCUAUGAGUAGUUUUUUAAGGACUUUUGAUAAGUACAAAGUUGAAGAGGAAUAUGAUCCGUAUAUGACUAGAAGGUUUAACAGAAGAUUCGGUGGCGAUGAUUUUGCUAAAAAAGAUCAUAAUUUAUAAUUUAAAUAAAGUACUUCUUUGCUAAAAAAAUAGUUUUUAUUUUAGAAGGAAAUG